CUGGGGCUCGGCGCGGGUGCGUGCGAACUGCGGAGGCCGACCGGGCAAAAGGGGAACUGGAGUCAGAACCCGAGCGGUGUCCUUCGGCGGAACCGGGGCCCAGUCACUGCAGAGGACAUCAUGGCUGUGGAUGUGACAGAAUAUCAUCUGAGUGUCAUCAAGAGCCCCCCUGGCUGGGAGGUGGGUGUCUACGCUGCAGGGGCCCUGGCACUGCUUGGAAUUGCAGCUGUGAGCCUCUGGAAGCUCUGGUCAUCAGGUGGCUUCCCCAGCCCCUCUCCAUUCCCAAAUUAUGACUACAGGUACCUUCAGCAGAAGUAUGGAGAGGCCUAUGUGGAAGCCAGGCCAAAGAGAGUCCCUCCCUGGAAUGCCCAGCGAACCAACACUCGAGGGCCACCCAGCCGCAAAGGCAGCCUCAGUAUUGAGGACACCUUUGACAGCAUCAGUGAACUCGGUCCCCUGGAGCUGAUGGGCCGGGAGCUGGACCUGGCCCCCUAUGGGACCCUCCGAAAGUCACAGUCAGCAGACUCCCUGAACUCCAUCUCCUCUGUGACCAACACCUUCGGGCAGGACUUUAUACUGGGCCAAGUGGAGGUGAGCAUGGAGUACGAUGCCACCUCCCACACCCUCCACGUGGCUGUGCUGCAGGGAAAGGACCUCCUGGAGCGAGAGGAAGCCAGUUUCGAGUCCUGCUUCAUGCGUGUCAGCCUGUUGCCUGAUGAGCAGAUCGUGGGCAUCUCCAGGAUCCAAAGGAAUGCCUACUCCAUCUUGUUCGACGAAAAGUUCUCUAUCCCCCUGGAUCCCACAGCCCUGGAGGAGAAGAGCCUGCGGUUUUCCGUGUUCGGUGUUGACGAGGAUGAGCGGAACAUCAGCACAGGGGUGGUGGAGCUGAAGCUGUCUGUGCUUGACCUCCCACUGCAGCCCUUCACUGGCUGGCUCUACUUACAGGACCAGAAUAAGGCUUCGGACGCGGUGGGGGAGAUCCUGCUGUCCCUCAGCUACCUGCCCACAGCGGAGCGCCUCACCGUGGUUGUGGUGAAAGCUAAGAAUCUCAUCUGGACCAAUGACAAGACCACAGCAGACCCCUUUGUCAAGGUGUACCUGCUGCAGGACGGCAGGAAGAUGAGCAAGAAGAAGACGGCGGUGAAGAGAGAUGACCCCAACCCAGUGUUCAACGAAGCCAUGAUCUUCUCAGUGCCAGCCAUUGUGCUCCAGGACUUGUCACUCCGUGUGACAGUGGCUGAGAGCAGCAGUGACGGCCAUGGGGAUAACGUGGGCCACGUCAUCAUCGGGCCCUCAGCCAGCGGCAUGGGCACCACACACUGGAACCAGAUGCUGGCCACACUGCGAAGGCCUGUGUCCAUGUGGCAUCCCGUCCGGCGAAACUAGCUGCCAGGCCAGGUCAGGUGGGUAACAGAGCCACCAGAGCCUGACACAAGCUCAGCCCUUCUGACAAGGCUCUCUCCAUAGCCAGCUGGAGCCCUGAACACCAGAGGAUCGCCAGGGAGACCUCAUCAGCCAUCUUGGAUCCUCUGUCCAGACUGUAGUGGAAGAGCAGUGUGGCCUUCUCAUCCAGGAAAUUAGGGUUUUCUCCUGUGGAGGAUCAGCUGUGGCUAGGCAGUGACCCUGGGAAGGCAGCAAACACUGGCCAACUGUGUACUCAUCAAAACCCUCUUGAGGUCUGUCCCUGACCUGCUGAGAGACAUGGGCCAGCUCCCCUCCUGCACUGCUCCUAGAAGCCAGCUGCUAGUGAGCCUUGGGGGCCAGGUCUUGUGCCAGGAACUAGCAGGGCUAACACAAACAAGACAUAGCCCUCGGGAUGCCAGGAAGCCAAGAUGCCCUCCGUUCUGAGUGAACUCAAUGCCAGCUGACAGCCCAGCCAGGUGGACGCAUGGAAGGGCCCUGGAGUCUGGGGAAACAAGGAAGACUUCUUUACAAGAAGAGUUGAGCUUCAAGGGUUGGGAAGAAAACUGAGUGUCCCAGGCAGGGGACACAGCCAAGCAAUGGCAGGAAAUGAACCUUCCUAUCCCAGAUACAGACCUCAACACUCUGCUCGGGGGACAGGAGAGGCCAGGAGACCAGGCCCAGCAAAGCCCUGCAGGCCACAUGAGGGCUUCCCCGAACCUCUGCCACUGUAAGAUCCAGAAGUUCCCGAGUGUUGGCUGUGUUCCUGUUGGAAAGAAAGUUACCUGGAGCAGGCCUGGUUCUAACUCCAGGGACACUGGACAUCCUGGAUCAAGGUCCCUAAACCUGUGAUCUCAGGGAUGGUCAGCCUCAGCUUGGUGGUCAGGUAGAGCUCUGGAGGGGCUCUGUUGUAUGUCACCCGCUCAGCCAGUCUUUGGCUUCCCCACAGCCAGAGUUAAUGAGGGAGGGUGUCACACUACUCUGCCUGGCACAGAUAAGGGGUGGCUUUGAUCUGACAGCCCUUCAUGAAAGAUGCGAGGGUGCCUCUCCGACUUUAAAGGGAUGGUGAGUGGAGGUGUGGUGAGAAAGGGACUCAGACUAGCUGUCCCUGGUUCUUGGCCCUAGUGAGCCAUGGAGACCCAGGUCCAACCAUAUCAUCAGUGACCAAGAGACAGGUACCUAGAAUGGGCACACAGGGGCAACAGGCCUGAAAGCAGGACCCUUCUGCCACAACUGGGUCCCCACUGAGGCCAAGCUGUCUACCCUCUCUACUACCAAGAGAUCAACACAGGGCCAGGAACACCUGCACAGUUGAGCUAGUCCUUGCCCCCUUGAGCCUCCAAAUUCUUUGUGACCCAGUGGUUUUGCAGGGCAGGCCACGUCCCUAACCUUCCCUAUCCCCUUUGCCCUCCCACUAACUGCAUGAAAUGUUGACUGUGUGCCUGGAUGGUUGCGAUGGGGACCGCGAAUGCUGACUGGAAUGAUUCUAAAGUAAAAUAAAGCUAGGGUAGGAAGGGGGCUUCCAGAGAGCCCUGCUCAGCCUCAACUCAGUCACCUC